AUGACUACACCAUAUGAGAAUAUGCGCCUUAAAAGAAUGGCAGAGAAUAAGAAAAAGCUAGAGGCUCUCAAUCUUCCUACACUAUCUCAAUCCCUUAACAAAUCAUCUGAGUCUUCUUCCAAACCAUCAACGUAUGUGAAGGGUCGUCUGAAGUUUGUACAACCUGGAGAGCUUGAAGUAAACAAAAAGCGCCAACGUUCAACUACAACUUGCAAAUCAUCAAUAACCCCUCCCCCGAUUAAAAAUACAAUAACUUCUCUGUCAAUCCAAACUACAAUAACCCCUCCCCCGAUCAAAACUACAAUAACCCCUCCACCAAUCCAAAUUGCAAAAGAUGUUGUGGUAGAAUAUGAGGAUGAAGAUGUUGUGGAAGGAGAUGAGACCAAAGAUGAUGUGGAAGGAGAUGAGGUCGAAGAUGUUGUGGUAGGAGAUGAGGCUUAA